GAAACCUGUGAGACAGAUGUCAACUUCGGAUUGGCGUGCGGUGUCCACGGUGUGGCCACGGAUGGCAUCUGUGUUUGCAACGUGGGAUAUGUCGGCGACACGUGCGCGGACUGCGCUGAGGGCUAUCUUUUGGCAGCUCGGUUGGUUGAUGGUCAGUGCGUGCGCCUGGUCUUGGUUGGCCCGCCUUCUGGCGCGACGCAAAAGUAUGCCUCACUCUUCGAUACAACAAGCUCUGGAAAGCGCUAUGUCUACACCCGCAAGUUCGACACCGACCUAUCCGGCUGCGGAAACGCUGGCUGCCGGCCUCUGAACAUGAGCCUCCGCGUGAGGUGUGACAGCGCGCAGUGUCACAGCGACUUGGACGACGCGGCAUACACCAUCGGCGCUGCGCUGUACGACGCGUCGGGCCAGAGGUUGUGCAACGGGACCGUUUCGAGGGAGGCCCAAUCUGCGACCGACUGGUGGCUUCAGCUUCCACUGCCCUCCUGCCCGCUCUUGUAUCCGGUGACCCAGGCAAUCUACCUGGCGACCUGGACGUCGAAGAAGGUCAAGGUCAGAUGGGAGAAGGGGCCAGUGGACGCGUCGAUCAGCCGUGGGCUCCAGUACAGGACCACGAUGGACGCCCUUCCUCCCGCGCAGCUGCCUAGCUGGAGGGAUCUUCCUUGCGAAGGCCCUAACUGCAACAGUGAGAGCUCCUGCGACUGCAUCAGCGGCUGCACAUGUCGAAGCUGGAGUGGGGACUUCUACGGACUUAUCGCUUCCCUCAGCCUACAGACGAUGGGAGCCUGA